GCGGCGAAGGGGGUGGGGGUGUCUUCAGGUGGCGGCGACCUCGGCGCCUCCCGCCCGGAAGUGCCCGAGGGUCCGCUAUGGAGCUGGCGGAGCCGGGCGCGCAGUAGUGCAGCGGGCAAGGCGGGUGCCAUGGCCCUGAUUGAAGGGGUGGGUGAUGAGGUGACUGUCCUUUUCGCGGUGCUUGCCUGCCUUCUGGUGCUGGCUCUCGCCUGGGUCUCAACACACACAUCGGAGAGUGCGGACCCACUGCCUCAGCCGUCAGGGACCCCAACACAAGCGCAGCCCAGUGAAGCCAUGGUGGUCACCGACAGCAUCAGAGGGGAGGACCCAGGAGCCGAGCCCCCCAGCCUGAGACACAGAGGCCAGGCUGCACACCCAGAGCCUGCCACAGGGCUCCCAACGACGCCGCCACCCCCGGACUCCCCCCAGGAGCCUCUGGUAUUAAGGCUGAAAUUCCUCAACGACUCAGAGCAGGUGGCCAGGGCCUGGCCCCACGACACCAUUGGCUCCCUGAAAAGGACCCAGUUUCCCGGCCGGGAGCAGCAGGUCCGACUCAUCUACCAAGGGCAGCUGCUGGGAGACGACACCCAGACCCUGAGCAGCCUUCACCUCCCUCCCAACUGCGUCCUCCACUGCCACGUGUCCACAAGGGUCGGUCCCCCACACCCCCCCUGCCCACCGGGGUCAGAGCCCGGCCCCUCCGGGCUGGAAAUCGGCAGCCUGCUGCUACCCCUGCUGCUGCUGCUCCUGCUGCUGCUCUGGUACUGUCAGAUCCAGUACCGGCCCUUCUUUCCCCUGACGGCCACCCUGGGCCUGGCCGGCUUCACCCUGCUCCUCAGUCUCCUGGCUUUUGCCAUGUACCGCCCGUAGUGCCUCCACCGGCCCUGGGCAGCGCGGCUGGGCCCUCGGGACCUCGCUCCCCACCACGCGGCGGGAGCUGCUGUCUGCCCAGGCCCCCCUCUCCGGCCUGCCUCUUCCCGCUGCCCUGGAGCCCGGGCCUGCGCCGCCGAGCACUCCAGGGGCAGGCGGAGGCCCCUGCCUGUGACCUCCACGGCUCGGAGCCGCCUCCCGGGGCUGCUGGCCCCCGGCCACCACGGACAGUCGGUUCCUCCCGUUCCUCCGGGUCAGCCAGCUGCUGUCGCUGCCUGGGCCCCGGGCAGAGCGGGGCCACACCCCUGGGCCCCGCUUAGUGUCCUGCCCGAGGCCCCAGCCACCUCUGGUCCCUAAUUGCUCCUUGUGCUGAUCUGGGGACCCAAGGACCGUGGGGGGCGGGGGGCGAGGGAGCUCUCUGGAACUUGUGCAGAUUAAAUAACUGUGAAGUUUUCA